GGAAUAAUCAUUCUGUGCUAAGGAUCGGAGUGGUGGGUGGGUAGGGGAGAUGAAGAACAAUAACAACAAUAACCCGAGCUCCAAUCUCGACUCUACAAACAGUUAGCAGCAUCGGAUAGAACGACGGACGGGCCCCGAAGCGUCGGAGAAAUCCCGCCGCAUGCGGCCAUUUAAGAAACCAGAAUCAGCUGCACUGCGUUAAAAAUACAAUCUAAAAGUAUAUACACAUUAAUUGAUUAUCAAGUCAUCUUAAUCUAUACAAUGGGAUCCGUCGCCCCCCAGGACACCGUCGCCGUGAACGCGCCCUUCCGCACACGCGUCACCAGCGGCCAAAUCUGCCCCGUCAUGUCCAUCAAGUUCUGGACAGGGAACGAGAUCGCCAUCAUGGCGCGCAUGGCCGGGUUCGAGGCCGUCUUUAUCGACAUGGAGCACUCGGCCCUCAACUUCCAGACAAUCGCCCAGCUCAUCCUGGCGUGUUUGUCGGCGGGUGUCUCGCCCAUUGUCCGCUCGCCGUCCAAGUCGCACUGGCAUGUUAGUCGCAUUCUGGACGCUGGUGCUGCGGCCGUUGUGGUCCCCCAUGUGGACUCGGUUGAGGAGGUGAAGGAGCUAGUCAAGCAUGCGAAGUAUCCCCCGCUGGGGACGCGUGGAUCGGCGAAUAACCAGCCCAUUUUGAACUUCCAGCAUCUGCCGACUAAGGUGCAGAAUGAGGUGUUGAAUCGCGAGACGAUGCUGAUUCCGAUGGUUGAGACGCCUGCUGCGGUGGAGUUGGCGGAGCAGUAUCUGGCUGUGGACGGUGUUGAUGGGAUCCUGAUCGGGUCGAACGAUCUGUGCACCGAUCUGGGGAUUCCAGGGCAGUACGAUAGCCCGCUAUAUCAAAAUUCCGUGGAGAAGAUUGUGCUCGCUGGGAAGAAGGCUGGGAAGCCAAUUGGCAUCGGAGGCAUUGGAGGGAGACUGGAUCUGCUGGAGAGGUGGUUCGCGCUGGGGGCAACAUGGUCGCUCAGCGGUGCAGAUGGCGCGAUUCUACAGGCUGGCAUGAAGAAGAUUACGCAGAAUUACGCAGAGAUCAGUGAACGGGUUGAGAAAACGAGGGCUCAGCAAUAGUAUAGCAUUAUAUUUAGCAUUAUAGAACACUAUCAUUUCUUGUUAUAAUGGAAAAGUCCCAUCGUCCCAGGCUGGAAUGCCGUGUGGAUUGCCGUAUGC